AUGGCCUGCAAACGACAGUCUUAUCAGAAGAGAAACCAGAGAGUACAAAAUCAUGGAAAUGCCUGGAUUCUUGGCAGUAGCAUCGCCUCUCUGGCAUCUGCAGUUUAUCUAAUUCAGGACACAGACAUGCCAGCCUCUCAUGUUCAUAUCCUGGAGUCCCGCAUAGCACCUGAAGAUGGGAUACCCACCACGGGCGACUCGGUGAGUGGGUAUGACCAUCGAGCUCCAUGCUUGCCACUUUUGUGCGAUGAAUACACUGAAAAUCUGCUUUCUUUAGUGCCUUCGUCCAAUAGUCCAGGGAAGACAAUGCUGGACGAUUUAAAUGAAGCAAGAAGGAAUGCGCCCCCCACUCGUCUUUUCAGCCAACAUGGUCAUCAGGUGGAGGCUUUGCAGCCCCAGAACAUCCGCAUUGGUUGGAAAGUCCGGAUGAGCUUGGUGACAUUUAUAUUGAAGUCCGAGAAAAGCCUGGGGAGAAAGAUCAUCCGCGACUUCUUCGACAAAUGGUUUUUUCACAGCAGAUUCUGGGCUGUCUGGUCGUCAGCGUUUGGCCUUUGUCCUUGGCAUAGUGCCGUCGAAUUCCGUCGGGGUCUCUUAAGUUACUUCCACGACUUCCAACGUCGAAAGGAAUUUCCUGGACUAGAUCGGUGCAGAUACCAUGCGCAGGAAGAUAUCAUUCUGCCUAUUACCAACUUCCUUCAGGAAAAAGGAGUUCAUUUUCAAUUCAACACCACGGUCACAGACAUAACAGUAGAUCUGCAAAGAGGUUAUCAAUCCAUAUCAGCUUUCAAAACGGUUCAGAAUGGAUUAGAGAAUACUGUCACUGUCAGUGCGCCUGAUGUUGUUAUUGCAUCACUUGGGUCAUCAAUUUCUGGGUCAACAAAAGGUACUAAUACAAGACCACCUUCGUUGGAAAUCCUGAAGGCGGAAGACAAAUUGGAUGAGAAUUGGUCACUCUGGCUGGCAUUCGGCGCAGGCCUCGGCUCCAGUCUCGGCGACCCGUACAAUUUCUGCACGCGAGUGGGUGAAUCCAGAGAGGAGACUUUCACAAUUUCAAUAAGAGGCGUUAAGUUCUCCGACCAUUUUAUGAACUUGGCUAGUGCUGAAAAUGAUUCAACUUCAAUCGUUCUCCAAAAUAGCAACUGGUUACUUAGUUUAUUUAUUCCCCGUCAACCACUUGUUCCUUAUCAACCCACAGAUGUGCAGGUUAUGUGGGGCUAUGGCUCGGCCCCUCAGCAUAUAGGAAACUUCGUGAAGAAGCCAAUGCUCUGGUGCUCUGGGCAGGAGAUCUUAAUUGAAUUGCUGCAGCAUCUCAAUGUACCUCCGGAAUCCAUCUUAGACCAUUCAAUUACUAUCCCACGUGUGAUGCCACGCUUAGCGGCGCCGUUGCUGCCUCGGGCUUGUGCAGAUCGUCCAAGGGUGAUACCGGAGUGUACAACCAAUCUCGCAGUGGUCGGUCAAUUUGUGGAGAUACCAGAUGAGACUGCUGCGACUAUGGACUAUAGUAUACACGGAGCUCAGAUCGCGAUAUAUCAACUCAUGGGUGUCCAAAAGGGGCGGAGGAAAGAUAAGAAACAUUCUAUUGCUAGUUUCUUGGGCUUCUAA